CCUGACGUGACCCUGCAGGAUUGCAAACAUGGCGGAGCCCUCCCUCGGGAACUCGAGCCCAGGAGGUUCAGCAGGUUCCGAUGACCGGGAUUUCGACCCAGCAGCAGACAUGCUUGUCCAUGACUUUGAUGAUGAGCGCACCCUGGAGGAAGAGGAAAGGUUGGAGGCAUCAGAUGACACCAAUGCAAACGAGAUUGAAGAUCUCGCACGGGAGGGAGAAAUGCCCAUUCAUGAGCUGCUGAGUCUGUAUGGCUAUGGGGGUGGAUCAACAGCAGAUGAGGAUGAAGAGGAGGAAGAGGAACCUGAGGAAGAAGAGGAAGACGAGGAGGAGGAUGAGGAAGAAGACCUUGACAAUGACAACGACGAAAGCAGCAGAAGCACUGGCGAGUUGAAAAGAAAUGAGGGUGAGGGUGUUAGGAACUCUAUAGGACAGGGGAAUGAGGCCCAGACAACCUCUGAGGUUCGCACACGCUCAGUCAGGUCCCUCGGCACAGCAGAACUUAUGUAUUUUGAAAGCAAUAAUGAUGCAGAGGAGGAGUCAGAUGAAGAUGAAGACUAUGUUCCAUCAGAAGACUGGAAGAAGGAGAUUAUGGUUGGCUCCAUGUAUCAGGCAGAAACCCCUGCUGGCUUGUGUAAAUAUAAUGACAACGAAAAAGUUUAUGAAAACGAUGACCAGUUAUUGUGGAACCCCGAGUGUCUUCCUGAAGGCAAAGUAGUGGAGUUCUUAACAGAGGCAUCGAGGCGAACUGGAGAGGAGAAGGGAGUCGAUGCGAUCCCAGAGGGAUCUCAUAUCAAAGAUAAUGAACAGGCAUUGUAUGAACUGGUGAAAUGUGACUUUGACACAGAAGAAGCUUUAAGAAGACUUAAGUUUAAUGUAAAAGCAGCCAGAGAGGAGUUGUCUGUCUGGACUGAAGAGGAAUGUAGAAACUUUGAACAAGGAUUAAAAGCUUAUGGGAAAGACUUUCAUUUAAUACAAGCCAAUAAGGUGAGAACUAGGUCUGUAGGAGAAUGUGUGGCCUUUUAUUACAUGUGGAAGAAGUCUGAGCGUUAUGAUUUCUUUGCACAGCAAACCAGACUUGGGAAAAGGAAAUACAACCUUCACCCUGGUGUAACAGACUACAUGGACAGAUUACUGGAUGAGACGGAGAGCGCAGCAUCAAGCAGGGCGGCAUCGCCUCCUCCCACCACCUCCAGCAGCAGCGCCAGCCACUCAGAGAAGGAGGACAGCAGCAGUCAGAAUGGUGAGCUGAUGACUAGCCCUUACACACAAAUAGGUAUCGCAACUCACAAUUCAAACCACCCAGUGGAUGGCGCUACGUUGCUUCCAGUACAUUCAGUCAAACCUGAGUCGACUCAGUCCAACGGCCCCUCCAUUCCAACAGUGGAAUCUCCUCCCGUCUCAGACAACAACUCCAACGGCUGCAGCCAACCCUCUGCGCCCAACCACGACAGAAAUGGUUCUCUAGAGCCGCCGCUCGACCACAGAGACGCAGAGGCAGUGGCACUCGACCGGCCGGCCAAGAGGUGCAGGACGGAGGCAGAGCCUUUGGGCCAAAGUGAGGUGGAACCAUCCAGAACGCAGGAGAACUGAAGGUUUUCGAGCUUGGUUGCGCUCACUGAUAGACGGUAACCCGGGGUUAAAUGUCCCGACCUUUUUGACCUGGGAGCUCGGCAUCUCCUGAGAGCAAGGACUCACGAUAACAAGGUCAAAGGUCACUGCAAACGACACAGUGAAGAACACAGCCUACCAAACUGCAGCUGGUCCUCCGGGAGGGGCAGUGACAGACCCGUCACCCCCCCCCCACCCCACCCCACCCCGAACCCAUUCAUGUACUGACUGCCUGCAAAGCUCAUCCCAAAGUACCACAGCUCCAUCGUAUCUAUGAAACAUCUUCUCUCACCGUCUUUAUUCCCUUUUUCGGAGACUGACAAAAUUUUGCCAAGAAUUUCCUUUUUUUUUUCUAUUUGUACUCAAAGAAAAGACAUCACCUGAUUAUUUUUUUACACAAAGAGAUAUUUAUAUUUUUUAACAAAAAAAUCUUUAAUGAUUAAUUACUGUUCAAGCCAUUUGAACAUUUGAUGACACAGGGGACAGACCGACCGAUGCUCGAGUUGUCUUAAAGAGGCAGAAAGACGACAGGUAGGCUGGUGCUGCCACUGACUUGCUUUAGUUGCACUUUGAUUGUAUGUUUCUCAUUGUUGAUUGACUGAUCGAUCAGAGUGGUGAUGUAAAAACCCAGCAGAAUGACUUUUUCACUCCUUCACUCGCUGAACCGGCUCUGGCCUCGUAUCAUAGCUGUUUGUUUCUGAUAAAUAAACCGACGGGUUCGUCUCCCCCCUGACCCCCCCUGCAGGUUUGUUUGUGUAAAGCAGCUGACAUCAGUGAUGUCUCGUAUUAUAAUCUCAUCGUGUAGAAGAUCGCUGUAUUUUUGGAUUUUCAUAGUCAGUGCUUUGCUCAACACUUUGUUUUUACUAGACAGAAUGUUCAUGGUUUUUAAUGUAAAGUUUGUAUAGAUUUCUUACCUUGAGCAGUUGGUACAUUUUUAUAACUGAAUGUUUAUCUCUGUAUUUUCUGGUCUUCCUCGUAGGCUUCGCUUUUUUUGUUGAGAAACCUUUUUGCCUCUGUUGCUCUGAGAUGGAUGUAACUAAAGUAGCCAUUCCUCGUCCCCUCUCUGUCCGGCGGCACGUCUCAUUCCUGUGUGACCCUGCUCAGUCUCAGAUGUUUGUUGCAGAGCUUCAUGUUUUGUGCGUACAAAAUACUCCACAUUGUGGUUGAGCUUUGGUUUUUAAAAAGCAAAGGCUAAUGCUUAGUUUCAGCCAGCAUUUCCUGUCCCUCCACAGUGAGCGUCUUCAAAGCAGUUGACCUCCAGCAGACCAGGCUAAUUUGUUUUGGUACAGUAGCUUUUCAACUUAAUGCUUCAUUGUUUUACUUUGUACUCCAGCUUUGAACUUACAUUCACAAAUUAAGAUGAGUUUGUCUCAACUAAUGUUGAUCCAUGUAGUCUCUUUUCUCCUUUUUUAUUUACUGAUGGCUUUUUUUCUCUGUAAAUGACAAAAUGAAUAAAAAUGAAGUGUAUUCCAAGACUUGGCUAUGAAUGGAAUAAACGGCUAUAUUUAAUAAAUGUAUUAAUGAA